AUGGGUGGCAUUCAAGCUGCUCUAAUCCUGGCAUUGCGCAUCGCAAGGGACAGAAAUGUUCAAUGGCCGCUCACCCUAAUGGCAGUCCUUUCGGCCGUCCUCCUUGCCGCCGGCGUCCUCAGGCAUUACUGGGAUAUAUACGUUCACAGGACUGUCCGCGGCAUCUCGUUUCUGUUUGUCGGCAUCGAUGCAGCAGGUGAUCUGUUCUCCCUGGUAUCCAUCGUCUUCCAGGCCCGGCUCGAUGUUUUAGGCACGGUCAUUUACGGAACCGAAUUGAUGCUAUGGAUUGGCGUGUUUGCGUGUGGGGGAUACUACAAUCUCCUCCCGUGGGUCACGAAGAAGCUCAAUCGUCGCAAAGUCGGUGUGCAGGAUACUGCUGCCAAUCCUGGCCCGACUUUGUCCAGCGUGGGCGGUGGGGGAACGCCUGUAGCGUUGCACAGCUUGCCAUCGAGCACAUCAGUUUUCAGGACACCCUCUGCGGAGGUUGAGAGUUUGCGCCAACGAAAUACAGCAACGGGUGGUAGUGAAUGGAAUGACUGUAAUGGCGCUUGA